UGAGUUAUUGUUUUGUUGGUUACAAGUAAACCAUGCAGAGCACAGAGAAUUUUGAAUGGCAGUUGAGAGAUUUGUUGGGAAAUGGCUCCUUCGGUUAUGUAUAUAAAGGAAGAUCAAAGACAAAUACUCACACAAACGUUGCCAUUAAAUCAUUCAGAUUUACAACAAAGUUCUAUCGGAAUCGAGAGGCGAACACACUGAAACGCGCAAAUCAUGUAAAUGUGGUGAAAUACAUCGCAAUGGAAAACAAUCUAUUCACAUCUGAACAACAUCUGAUCAUGGAAUACUGUUCCGAAGGGGACUUACAGUCUUUUAUUGAAUCGAACCAAAAUGGUUUGUCUUCAAGUGAAUUUCACCAGUUCUUCCGCAACUUCUUGGAUGGUUUGAAGCACUUAAAUGAAAAUCAUAUCGUUCACCGUGAUAUAAAACCAUCGAACAUACUAAUUGAUGUAAAUCACGGACAGAGAAUCUACAAACUUGCAGAUUUUGGUGCAGCACGAAUACUGAAACCAAAUGAAAGAUAUGGGUCUUUGUAUGGCACCGCAGAAUAUUUACACCCGGAUAUUUUCGAGCAUAUGUAUCGAACAUAUGACGGACGCCCAACCAAACAAGAUUUUGGUGAACUUCACGAGCUUUGGUCAAUUGGAGUUACCUUAUACGAGACCGUAACAGGCUUGCUUCCAUUUAAUCCAAAAGAUGGUCGUAAGAAUCCAAAAAUGUUGUACAAAAUGACAAAAGAGAAAGAACGUGGACAGAUCUCAGCGAUAGAGACACAAAAUGGGAAUAUCGAAUGGUCAUCAAAAUUGCCUGAUACCUGUGCCCUUAACGAACCAUUGAAGAAAAAAAUUACGACACUUUUGGCCGGUUUGAUUGAAUCGGAUGAAGAGAAUAUGUGGUCGAAAGCAAAAUUGUUCUUUGAAGCGGACAAAAGGUUGCCACCACUACGUCGAACUUUUAAUAAAUCCGGAAUAUCGCGCAGAGAGGCACGAAAAAAAUUGUCAAAAUCGACACAUUUGUAUCGUCGAGAAAAAUCAAAGUAUAAACGAUUCCAGCGAGAAUUUUCGCUUGUUCCAGAAAAUUGAACGAAUUUUCUUCGAAAUGCCUUCACAAACCAGAUCAACAACAAGAAAACAUGAACAAAUGAUGCAAUUUUGUCCACCUCAUCGCUUCAAUUUUUUAAUUGAUCAACAUGACACAAUUAAAGUCACACGUUCCUUAACAAAGGCUCUCAAAAUAAUUGGAUUGAAUGUACUGACAAAACAAGAAUUACCACAAAAAAUACGAGUUCGUCGAGUAACCUGCCCAGCAUUUACACCAAAGCCAAAAAAACGUUCAACACGCUUGCAAACGCUACCAGAUUACAAAACCACACAGACAAGUGUCGCACAUUCAAAUAAAAUGAAAUGGUGUGUUUGCCGCCGUGAAUCCUUUGGCAAUAUGAUUUUCUGCGAAAAUCCACAAUGUACUAUCAAAUGGUUUCAUAUGGACUGUAUGAAAGUAACAACCAUUCCAGAAGGUGAUUGGUUUUGCCAAAAUUGUCUCUUCUUUCGGACUUAAUUGAACUUCUGCUUGGUUGCCAAUCGAUUUCGAUAAACUUAUAAUUAAGAAAAACACCACAAUCGUUACGAAUAGAAAAAGAAGCAGUUGCUUCUCAAAAACAGUUUCAUACCUAUUUGUUAAAAGUUUUUAUAAGAAAUAAGUCAGAUCACUUUGAAAAGAGUGAAGAAUUGCAUCUACACGUUUUAUUGAAAAUGAAUGUUAAUGUGUAUCACAUAUUAUAUAAGUAUUAGUGAAAAUAUGCAUAAGAUGUUCUGAAUAGUUGAAUAUCAAAUAGAAUAAGAACCAGAGCUCAAUCGAUCUCAAUAUACAUUUAAGAAAGCAAGAGGAUUUUUUAAAAAGCAUUUGUUCAAGUUUUCAAAUAACUAAAAUAUUGUAGAUGGUUUUGAAAAGAAUACAAUAAAAACGCUCAACAGAGCAAA